UAUACAAAUAUAACCAGGCGGUGACUAGCAGUGUUCUAUGUUCUGCGUUGCUUUAAUACACGAGUAUGUAUACGUAGGCUAUGCAUGGCCACUAAGGACCAGAGUUUAGUUAGUUUGUUGUAUCUGUGCAAGCGUAUAUACCGACAAUACAUAGGAGAGACUGCGUGCAUGUAUGCCUGCUGGAACAUUUCACUGGACUGCCAUCAAGCACGUGCAUGUAAUUAUAAUUAUGUAUCACGUGCAUAACGACUUUUGUGUUUGCUCGUAGGCGACAUUUGAAAAUACUUUUUAAAAGAAGAAUUAUAUUUAUGAUAGUUGUGUGUCGUUGUAUGCUGUCGUGUUUCCGUUGCUGUGACCGCUUGGAGAGUCCUGCCUGUUUUCACUACCGUUGUGGUGGUAUAUGUGUAGAAAGCUGUACACACACACACAGGUAUAAUGAAUAAACGUAUUCAGAUACCUGGUAUGAUGAAUUAGUCACGUGAUCACCACUAAGGGGAGGAGCAGAAGAACGUUUCACACACGUGAAAAAAUUCAGUCAAUGCUCCUGGACAGACAACUCAUACGCUCCGAGUGAAGAUAAAAAACCCGAAUCAUCAUCUGUCAUCCGAUUGUCGAAUUCGGCAGCGGACCAUUGUCAGUCAUAGUGGAUAUUUACACAUCAAAUACAACUGGAUAUUUGACGCUCAAAGUGUGUGAAACUCAUUUUUGAAUCAAAGAAUUCACUGAAUUGUGGGUCUUGUGCAUUAUUUGUCAAUAUUCACACAUUUCAGUUUUUUUCUUUUACUUGCCAGUUUUGUUUUCUGGUGUCGUCGUCUGUUCGCUCGUUAUAAAGCAGAUGUGCUAAUUUGUUAGCAUCCCGAGGCAAAGGAUCAUCGGGAGAGUCCUCUGUUGUGAUAGUAUUUCCUUGGGAUACUAUUAAUAAUUCAAUCAAUAUAUUUCAAUGGAGCGCUUAAAAAUUCCUAUUCAGAACACGACAAAAUAGGUGAAUAUGCAUCGUCUUCAUUUAAACAGUGCGGGAUAUUAAAACGGAUCCUUCUUUCACAUAAAAGGAAUAUAAUUAACAAAGAAAUAUUAACACGAAGAAGAGAGACAUUCGUUCAUGGAGAUGUUUUGCUUAGAGGCAUAAAAUUCCUGUUUCAAAAGAGUUGUACACGUUUUGCAUUUGGUUGCAGGAGCUAGAUUUCGUAAUAUUUUUUUCCACAAUUUUGUUUGGUUCUCAGAAUCAUUCACUAUACAGCAGAAGAGAGAGAUACAGACGACAGAUUUUCGACAUUUGCAGACGAAAGAUCGGUGCUCGGAGCGGGAUUUACUUUGGGGCUGAACGAGACAGUGCUGAAAUAUAACAGUCAAACCCUUUGAUAAGAAAUCACAGACGAAACAGUGGAAUAUUUGCACAGGGGAAUAUAUCUCGGCCCACCAAUGGAUCAACUCGCCAGACUGCCCCUUUAAAAGAAAGCAUGGUUUACGCCAGGGUUGUGUAAUAGGGCCUUUGGAUUAAAACCUAUUUCGGCGACACGUGUAAGGAGAAAUAGUUAGUACAUGGAUAUAUACACGAUUUCAAAAUGAAGGAGACGAUGAUGUGCUGUGAUUUAUUCAAAUGGAUCUUGUUUUUUACUUCAUUUAUAUCGAUGACCAGUGGUCAGAUUGUUAUAUCUAAAAGGGAAUUAAGUGUGAGAAUUGGCCGAAGUGUGUAUUUUCGACGUGAUGACCUCAAGUUUGCUCGGACGGAAUCCAAUGGAGAUUGUCGAGUUCAGGUUGUCCAAAAUGACCCCGUCACUCUCAGAGUCGGUCGACUCGAACCAGAGAUCUUUGACUGUGACUACCUACCAAACACCAUCAAAUAUGCGCACAGUGGGUCGCCGUUACUCGGGGAGGACCGGAUCAAACUACGCGUCUAUCGGUUUACACCGACAGUGACCGAGUCUGAAACUUUCUACAUGAAUGUUGAAAUCGUCAACGCCACAAGUAGAGUCGUUUUAACCCGAGGCUUGAGAUCAGUUGUCGUACCUGAAUUUAACGGAGUUUCGAACACCAUAGAUGCCUCCGUCAUUCGUUUCUAUCACAGUGGAGUUCAAAACGUUACAUGCGACGUGUCUUUUUCUAGGUAUAGAUCACAUUGGCCUAUCGCCGGGCAGAUUGUUAUUGGAGAAAGACGGGAAAGUGUCAACGCUUUGAAGCGAAGUUGUCGGGAAUUCAUGUAUAUGCAUCUCCAUUAUGAACAUCAGCGCGGACCUAGCCCGGAUGUAGAUUAUCUCCCCUUGACUGUUGAACUAAAUGACCCCUCAGUAAGCGAUGAAACGAUAAUCGAGAGUUAUUACUUGCCAAUACAUAUAAAGGGCGCCAUCCCCAACACCCCACCUCGGUCGUCCUUCAUGAGCAUGUAUAUGAUGGACGUUGAUCAGUUUGUCCUCUCGACAAUCAUACCGGGUGUGAUAGCGGCAGAGGACUACGAAACUCCCAACGACCAACUUGUUUACAACAUAAGUCGACCACCGGCAGAGGACGAGGGAUUCUUUGUCAGCCUAGAUGACCACACAACAGUUAUUACAUCGUUUACCCAAGAAGAUUUAGAAAACCACAGAAUCGCCUAUCAACCGCCAGAUUCAAGUAUUCACACUAACAAACGAGUUUAUGAAACGGAAUUCAUAGUUUUCGAUAGCCACUUUUCUGAGAGUAUGCCAAUUACGCUUCAUAUGGCUGUUCGUUCGUCUGCAACAAGUGCUCCACGUGUGUCGUUCAACAAAGGUAUCGUCCUUCUUGAAGGUCAAUCGCGCGCUAUCACGACGGACGAUUUACAAAUCGUGGACAGGGAUAACCUGAGUCGGGUUAGAUUGUAUGUUACUGGUGGAUUGAAGUAUGGUAGACUUGAAAUAAAUGGCCGCCGUGCAAUCGCCAUCACCAUGCAGGAUAUUCAGCGGAGGUCUGUCAUUUAUUACCAUGACGACAGUGACACGACCAAGGACUUCAUUGCUUUCCGAGUUAGUGAUGGCGUCAAUACGGUUCUUGUGAACUUCCCAAUCACUAUUAUCCCAAAAGACGACAGUCCUCCAUAUCUCGUAAACAAUGUCGACAUGGACAUCAACGAAGGAGAUACGAAACCAUUCACUACCGAAAUGCUGCUAGCUUACGACACCGACUCUGUUGACCGGAACAUAGUGUUCAUCAUUACACAUCCCCCUAAAGCUGGCGAAAUCAUCCGUAGAUUGAGACCAGGUGAUACCGGGACGAGAAUAAAUAAGUUUGUACAGAGAGAUCUGUUGAAAGGGCAGAUUUAUUAUCACCAUUUCGGACAUGAGGUAUUUUCUGAUUCUUUCCAGUUCAAAGUUCGUGAUCACGAAGAUCCACCUAAUAGAUCAAUAAUAGAAACAUUCCACAUCAACAUAAACCCGGUCCAUGAGAACCCACCACAACUUGCUCCACAAGCCACAAGGCUUAUCCAUGUUUCGGAGACCGACAUCGCUUACAUUACCAAGUCAGAACUAGAAUACACAGAUGUCGAAACGGAAAAUAACGAACUAACGUACAUCAUUACCUCACCUCCAUUCUUUGUGUACAAUUCUGGUUUUGAAGACGCCGGACGACUCAUCGAAACACACAACUUAACGAUGGUAUCAAAGAACGCGUCUAUCCCUGUUGUGCAGACUUUCAAGCAAGCUGAUAUCAACCACAUGAAGAUCGCCUACAUGCCCCCUCUUGUUGACAUUGGUCCAGAGGCCAGACUUGUUCGAUUUGUCUACACUGUCCAAGACUCUAGCGGAAACCAAGUACUCGGACAAUACUUUGAAAUCGACGUUCAACCUGUCAAUAACCAACCACCAGUUUUUGUCACCAGCAAAUUGCUCGUCGAGGAGAGUGGUAUUCUGGGUCUGUCGGCCAGUCAGCUGUCAGCUACAGAUUCAGACACACUCGAGACCGAUCUUGAGUUCGUCCUCGAUGAGGUUCCAAAUUUCGGGGUUUUACAGAAGGGAGGGGUCACUCUAAAUGAGGGAGGUACAUUCCAUAUGGACGACCUAAAGAGCAAGAAUGUCAGGUAUAUUCACGAUGGCGCGGAAGGAACACAGGACACAUUUACAUUAACUCUGACAGACAGUAUCAACAGAGCAACCAAAGUGUUUUCUGUGGAGAUCGUACCGAUUGACGACCAAGCGCCUCAACUUCGCGACAAUCUACGCCCUCGACUUAUCGUUUCUGAGGGAAGUGAGGUAGUUAUUUCCCCUCAAGUCCUUUCAGCCACUGAUGACGACACAAAUGACCGAGAGCUCGUGUUUCUUAUCGUCAAACAGCCGAAAUACGGAAUCCUUCGUCUUGAUGACCGACCAACAGUGAAGUUCACCCAAGAGGACGUGGAAAACCGAUUGGUGAAGUACAUACACACUGGUGGAGAGAUCGGUACUACAGUGCUGAAAGACUCGAUGACACUUAUCGUGUCGGACCAAACCUACAUGGGUACCGCCGACCUCCCAUACUAUGAUCUAAACAUUACGAUAACACCUGUCGACAAUUCCCGUCCCACGAUAAUCAUCGGUGAGCAGGUCCAUGUCGCGGAAGGAGGUAGUUUCGAUAUUGUUCCUGACGUUCUGACAGCCAAAGAUCCAGAUACUCCACCUGAAGAUAUUCAGUUCUUUAUCGUGAGACAGCCACAGUGGGGAUACUUAGAGAAUGUACAACCGAGUCCGGGGUCAGAGAAAAGCAACCUUGGCAGGCGAAUCAUGUCAUUCAAACUUCAGGAUGUGAUUGACGAAACGAUCACCUAUGUUCAGGCAACACACAGAGGUGUUGAACCCGUAUAUGAUGAAUUCACGUUGUAUGCUACUGACGGAACGUUGAAAUCUGACGAGGCGACAUUUGUGAUUAGGAUUGACCCACAAAAUGACGAGGUACCUGACCUGAUGAUACAAGACAUGCAUCUGGAUGAAGGAGACAGCAUGAUAAUAGAUCAGACAAUGAUAGAUGCUAUAGACAUGGAUAUGCCAAAGGACCAAAUCACAUUGUCCAUAUCACAGGAACCUGAGCACGGAGAUAUAGUCAUAUUGUUACACACACAGAACGGAAACAUCGAAUCGGCCGUUCAAGACUUCACAAUUGAUGAACUUCACAGCGGCAUGCAACUUAAAUAUAGACACGAUCACUCGGAGAAUUUCAGAGAUAGAUUUGCGGUGACGGUUUCGGAUGGACGAUACGAGGUGAAAAGAAUCUGCAACAUCACAAUAACACCCAUUAAUGACGAGGUACCAGAGAUAUCAAAGAACGCCGGCCUGCAGAUCGAGUAUGGAGACUAUGGGUUAAUCUCUAGUAUUGUGUUACAGUCAAUGGACCCGGACAACAGCGAAAACGAAGUGUACUACGUUCUCGCCACUGUACCAAGGAAGGGCUUCCUGCAGUUCUGUACUGAUCCAUUCACACCCGCGAGGUCAUCGGAGUGUGAAGAUAUGUCGGAGCGGAUGAACUUCACACAACACGACAUUGAUAUGAACAGAAUUCGAUACAUUCAUACAAGCAGUAUGGGCAAUGCUGAAACUGACAGUUUUCAAUUUAUGUUAACAGACGGUAUCAAUAACAGGCAAAUUGAAACGUUUGAAAUUCUUAUAAGAAAUUCAAUGAAAACGAAUCUGGCAUUGCUCAACAAAGGACUAAAUGUGAGAGAGGGAGACAAAACGGUAAUUACAACAACAUGUUUAAGUGCAACGGACGAAAGUACAAAAGCCGAUGAAAUUGUUUUUGCCAUUAUUCGCCCGCCGGCUCUUGGACAGGUAGAAUACAUAGACAGACCCUUGGUUGGUAUAAGUAGUUUUACACAAAUGGACCUUGCUGCUCAGAGGAUAGUAUACAACCAUUUAACAAAGAGCGACAUAACGGACGAUUCAUUUACGUUUACCGUCACAAAUGGGUUGAGUGAGGCAAAAGACGGCGUGUUUAGGAUCAACAUUGAACCACUGGACAGGGUCCUUCCUUCCCUAAACACGAAUAACCUCAUCGAAGUAGUACAAGGAGGCGAAGUCGUUUUGUCACAGGCCUAUUUGAGAGCUCAGGAUCCUGAUACUGCAGAUAUGAACGUUACUUACUUAUUAGCAAAACCUCCCACUUUCGGACUCCUCUACAACCGCGGAAUACUCAUUACACAGUCUUUUACACAGCUGGAUAUAGAGAGAGGACACAUUAUAUACGAAAGUCACGGUUCCCAUGCCGGUUUAGAUAAUUUCCUAUUCAGUUUGAGUGACGGCAAACACAGUGGAUUCCUUGUAAAUGGCACUCUGCAGUUAACACCUGUUAUUUGUAGUGUUUUUGUCAAGCCCAUUGCUAACGACGCCCCGAAAUUAUUGGUCUCAAACCAUCCCGAUGUCCUCGAACAUUUCGGAAAAGGGAAGUACGGAUUUCGAUUGAAUAACAGAAAUUUAAAGGUAGUGGAUUCGGACACAGACAACGAAAACUUGAUGUACAUAAUGACAAAGCGACCACUCCACGGGCAAAUUGAAAAUAUGUCAACGAAGCGUUACAUCCGCCGGAAGUUCUCACAAAAUGACUUGAAUGAAAAUGACCUUCGCUAUGUACUGAAUUCGAGGACAAGGGCUACCAAUGACUCAUUUAUGUUCCGUGUGAUGGACUCGAGAGGCAACACCCUGGACAACCAAAUUUUUUCACUUAAAUGGUCAAUCAUCAGUUUCACACAAACUCGUUUGAUUGUAUGUGAGAACAUCGGCACACUCAGUAUCGGCCUGGUGAGACAGGGGUCCCUGGACCAAAUGGCUUUUGUCGGCAUUAAGGUGUUCGACAUGUCGGCCAAGAAAGGACAUGACUUCAUUCCCAGCACGGCCCAACAGGUCCAGUUCAAUCCUGGUGAGGCUAGGGCAUCCUGGGAUGUUUUAAUCCCUGACGAUAAUUUGUUAGAGAAUACGGAGAAGUUUAGAAUCGCUCUUGAAGAACCAGUCAACGCCGUCUUAGGCAAAAACAGCAAAGCCAGCGUCCGUGUAAUCAAUGCUGAAAAUGGAGAAUGCCCCCAGUAUUUUGGCAUGAUAAGCAAGCAUAACAUUGACGGUAACGAAGGUGACGGAUUCUUACUCCCCGGAAGUGACGUCAACGAAAAUACGGAAACCAUUGUCUCUUUUAACAAUAUGAACUCGGUAGAUACCUCUAGUCCAUUCGACAAUGCUUACAACACUGACCCGGCACAAACUCUGUCAUCAUCUACGUCUGCUGCUCGGUCAUCUGUCCCGGCGUCACGGUUGUCAUCGCAACGUUCGUCGUCCUCGUCUGGAUCACAAACUGGCAAUGACGACAACGAAACGGUGACAGCGAGGAGGAAGGGAAGAAAGGGCAAAAGGAGGAGUAGGUCUAAAAAGAGGAGGAGACAUGGUAGUCUAAAGAAGUCAAAGAGGAAUAAAAACAAGCAACAGUCUAAUAGUCAACAACAAGAUCCAGAAUCUAUCUUCACAAACCUACCAACUGCAUCACAGAAAAUACAGGCACCACAGAUAUGCGCCAAGAGUACCAAAAAUCUGCUCCACUUCGAUGAGUUCGCACAGAGGAUGUACAAGUGUGACGGCGAAAGUUGGAAAUCAUGGAAUCCGGAAUCGAACCAAGAUCAGCCAGAACCAACAACCAGAUGUCAACCAGGUUGGUCCGAGUACGAAAAUAGAUGUUACAAAAUCUUUGAAAACAAAUUAUCUUGGGAAGCAUCCGAGCAUCACUGCCAAGGAUCACAUAGUUCCCAUCUCACCAGUGUCCGCUCUCGACGUCACUACAAAUGGCUCUUAAAACUUGUCGGCAAAAACUCAUUCUGGAUCGGACUGAAUGAUAAAGCGAAUGCGAAGAUAUGGAGGUAUGUGAAUGGGGAGCCCCUAGGAUAUACGCGCUGGGCUCGAGGUCGGCCUCGAGUCAGAAGAACAGUACAUCGUAAGAACUGUGUAUUAGUCAAUACUAGGAGGAAAUGGAAAAACAAACUUUGUGAUAAAUCAUCAAAAAAAUUCAUAUGCGAACAGUUUAUAUCAUCGUCAUCAUCUUCACAGUCAUCAUCUUUACCAUCUUUGAGAACAAAUCCUAAGCGCCAUGUAUCUCGGGGAGGGCGAAGGAAUAGGAAAGCGAGGGGAUUCCUUAAUAAGUUUUCGAGUUAAACUGUUUUGUUUUCGUUUCUAGUUAAGAAUUAUUGACUUUUAUAAUGGAACAUAUAUGUAUUCUUGUGAAUGUCGGGAAUGGAAAGGAUAUGUCAGUCUUGUGAACCUUAUAUAUAGUUCCUGGUGACUUUGAUAAUGAAAAGCAUUCAAGUGGCAAUGAAAGGAUGUCCUUUCCUGCCUUGAUAAGGACAAGAAUUCGUGUUCUGAAGGACCUUGUUUAGAGGAAGUGUACUUGUGGGUUACAGGCUCAAACAUGCGUGAAGAUGUAUGCUCUAUGGACCUCGGUAAUGAAAAGGACGCGUGGUUCUGCAGAUAUCAUUAAUGAAAGGAUACAUUUUAAGGACAUGUAACUGAGAGAGCCAAAUUGUGUGGACGGACCUCUAUACUCGUUCAUCAGAGUAUUGUACUAUUUAAGGAACUUGAAAGGAGAACAUAUUAUUUAUGAAAACGGUGUGUUACGUACGGUCCUAUAACAUUUACGGGAGCCAUCAGCAGUAUUACCUGUGCAAUUUGCUUUUAAAGGCGUCAAGGAGACAGGUUCAGUAACAGGAACGCACUGCAGUGCUAAUGAAGAUUAUCUUCGUCAACUAAUUAACUUCCAUUCUCAGGAUUUCACAUACAAGAGGGAAAAUCUAUAGACAAAAUAACCCUGACUUUUUGUUGGAAGCAGGAACAACAUGAUGGCUGAAGUUAAUGGUUUGUGCAAUCGACUAGAAAAAACAAUGGAUUCUCCACAAGGGAUAAACAUCCUUGCCCAAGGCUGAUGAGCGUAUUGAAGGACGUUUAUUUUUUUACGACUUCAGUAUUCUGGUUUAGGAAAUCUGCCAACGGGGAUGGUAAUAAGACGAAAGUCUUGUGCAACGUUGCACAGUACGAGUGUAUCAACAGAAGGUAACCGUAAUACACCGUACGUAACGUUGUUUUUCUUCUUGUCAGACUAACGCGUCAGACUGACAGGAACGUGAUUGAUGUUCGUGUGAAUGGACUAAGACGUUUUCGUAACUGAAAAGCCAGUGAUAAAAGAUUAUAAAAUGACGUGCCGCAAUAUGAUAACAAUACCCAGUACAGAUCUAACAGAUUUCAUUCAGAAUAUUUUUACGUUGUUUUAAACAUGUGUAACCUCAUUUUAAUGAUGUAUAUAUAUUUUCUUCCAUACACUUAUUCACAGAUUACAGCUGACGGUAGACAACUCGUGUUUCGUAUGUUCUCCACACGGGAUCUAUCUUUCGCUAGUUUGUGGAAGGAUAUAUGUGGUAGGCUGCUAACUAUUACAUAUACCAUGUCUUAUUUUCAUUUAAUUUAUGACGCAAUAUAAGAACUCAACUACAGGUGAUUAUCAUCAUACUUUAUGAAAUUGGAAAUGUGCGAUACUGUGUUCAUUUUUUUUUUAUUCUUUAUCUUCUUUAUUGUUUGAAUUAUAUAAGGCAAUUAUAUUGAAUAACAACAUAUUUUUUUCUUAACCCAUUCAUCCCUGAAAACACAUUUAAACUCUUCCAUUUCAAAGGUUGGAAUAGUUUAUUAUGAAGUCUCAGCGGUGAAUUAGUGAAAGAUUCAAAUAUUAUUAUCAUUACAUGUAAAAACUAGGGAUUAACUGAGAAUGGAAAAAUUUGACCACAUUCAAAUGAUGUAUAUUUGAGAAUAAAUUAUUUUGAGCUUAUAGAUCACCAGUAAGUAAUUGUUAUAACUUCUAACCCGUUUAGGUAGAACAUAGAUCUACAUGCAUUCCGACAACUCGUUUCCCUGGGAGGGGAGGGCAUCUAAAUAUUCGGAUUUAGUUUUUCCGGACGCAAAAGGGCUGCCCGAAAGUUACAUUCAGUAAUUUAAUUAUAAAAUUAAAGGUUGACAUUUCCGCUUCAAAAUCAAUUAUUUUGGGAACUGAGAUAUCCAGAUUAACAAAGUUCCUGCAGUUGUACCGAUUAAUGAAACCCGUGUAUUUGUUUGGAGUAAUGGGGUCCCCCGGAAUAUUUCGGAUAGAUGAGACCCAUUGUUGCCAUUUUCGUGUAAAACGUUGUAUGUCUAGUAAGGUAAUUUGUGCAAUGUAUUUUUUUUAUUGAGCCCUUAUUAGCAGCAGUUAUGUGAUAAACCUCGUGCGAAUCAGAAAUAUUGUUUAUUGUAUACUUUGACAAUUAUUGUUUCCCUUAUUUAUGGACGUAAGAUAUAGUUUGUAAAUAUAUCUUUAUAGUUUUGUUUAAUUUCUUUUAACGAAUACAUCAGCAGGUGUUUUAAUGUUCGUAUUUUUGUUAUGCAUCAAUUCGAAGAAACCACUGUUUCAGGUUGGUGAAAUUUCCUUUUUACAUUUUGUGAAAUGUAUAUAUAGUACGUGAAAGUUACAUUUGGACUUCGCAUAGAAAUAAUGCAACUUGACAAAUAAUGUUCGUCCCUUACAAUUUCCUCUUUGUUCAAUAAAUUGUAAACAACCGUUUACAUUGAUCAAAGGAUGUUUAUUGUAUAUUUAAAUAGUGCUGCAUUUGAGUUCGACCGUGACUGUAACAAUUGUUGAAAGUGUUUGAUGGUGGACAAAUCUGUACAAUACUAUGUUGUUCGUGUUUGAUUUCAUAGUUCAAUUAUUGUCUACAACAAAUGGUAUCAAUGACUUUAUUUUAUUUUACCACUUGAAUCAAGUGUGUUAAUGUUUGUUGCAUGAAUAACAAACGUGAAGCGUUAUAUUUAUAAAUAUUAGAUAUCCUGUGAGAAUUUCUUUAAAUAACUCAUUUUUAUUUAUCCUAUAAUUCUUCUUCACACAAAAACAAUCCAGGUGUCAGAAAAUGUAUUUUUCAGUGAUAAUGAUCCUUAUUAAGAUCAUUUUGAUUUAUCGCAUUUAAGACAUGCAAAUGUGAUGGGAAAUAUGAGGAGAGCAAUAAGUAGCUUUUUGGACAGUUUAUAAUAUUUGUAUUUGACAGUAAAAAUUGAUAAAAUUGAUACUUAUUAACUCUACCAAACAGUUCGGAAGUGUGUAUUAUUGUUUCGUGUACUUUGUGGUAUAACUCUGUCUCGCUGCUGAUAACCGUCUAAAUUUCGCAAUACUUGAAGUUCGUACGCUAAGUACGAAAAUGAAUACCCUUACAGGAAAGAAUAUACGUCUAACAAAAAGUGGAAAUCUAUCACAGAGAGUAGGUCCUGCUAAUAGAUAGCAGGAAUCCUUGAAAAAAUUAAGCCCUAAAAGAUCACGUAUCUUCUCCUUAGAACAUACUGAUACACGUACUCCGCACAGAACUUAUGUUUUCUUCUGAACGUAGACCCCCUAUGAUAAAGUAGGCAUCUCUAACUUUAACUAGGUUCUGAUGAGAAAUAAGCUACUUUUACAUUUGCCAGACCCACAUAAGAAAGUGGGAACCUCUCUCAUGACUGAGGCCCACUGUGAGAAAGUAUUUACCCCUCAAAAAAAGUGCACCCGUCGCCCAUUUAGUAACAUUUACAAAAAAUAUUUUUGUCACGAUUACCCUUAUAAAAUGUACUCGAAAAAAGAUAUUUCUAAUAUAUUCAUCAAUCGUUUAAGGAAAGCAGUUAGGUUGUGAGGGACGAUGUGGAUAAAACUACAAUUAAAAUGUAGUUAACAGAUAUUAUAAACAUGUGAGGGAUUAACCGUAUAUUUUUGACAACAAUUAAACGGAUCUUGCAUGAAGUUUACCUUAUAAAUUUACAUAAAAUGUCAUUUCUGUAUAUAAAAAGGAUGUAUUAUAAAUAUAUAUAUUUUCACGUGAAACAAACGUAUUUAAUGUAUAAAAUUGCUACUGAAGGAUAUAUAUGUAUAUUAUUGUGUUAAAUAUCACGUAUCUAUUAUUAUACUUAUCUUUGUUGUUGUUUAUAUUUGUCAAUUAUGUCAACUUGUUUACGAUGCAUCAUGUUGCUUACGGAUAUUCAAUUAAAUAAAACUACAUUUUCAAA